CUUGCAAUCGAUCUACACAAAAUAAGUCGUUCAUCUGAAUCAACUCAUUUGACCAAAACAGCUUGCAAACUGUAAAGUCUCAUUAUUAGAGAGUGUUGACACAUUAGCUCUCAGAUGCUCAGCUCGGCUACAUCUGACGGGCUGCGUCUUAUUUUGAAACGCGUCAAACGGAAGUGUGUGUUUUCUCCCAGCAGGCUCUUCGGUGCUGAGCAAAACUGGAAGCCCAGUGAUGAAGACGCAGUCCCCGCUGGGUCCACAGUGUCUGCACCGUGUCAUGUAAACCUUAUGGACGUUUGUCCAUCGUGGUGUGGUGUCCGCCGGAGCCCCGCGGGUUUGGGACACAUGUGGACGCCGCCGGGACAGGAGCUCUGUCUGCGUGUCCGCCUGCCAACAGCACCGGGGAUGAGAGGGUCGUGUCGCGUGUUUUCCUCUCUUCCUCCUCCAGAGGGUCACUCUCGCAGCUAAACCCCCACACGUCACCUGCACACGUUCAAGAUGAGGCUCCUCGCGUCCCUGCUGAAAAACGCCAACCCCAAAAUCGAGUACUACUCCCGGUUCUCUCCGUCCCCGCUCUCCAUCAAGCAGUUCCUGGAUUUUGGCCGGAACAAUGCGUGUGAGAAAACCUCCUACAUGUUCCUGCGUAAGGAACUGCCCGUGCGACUGGCCAACACCAUGAGAGAAGUCAACCUGCUUCCUGACAAGCUGCUGGGCCAGCCCUCCGUCAGGCUGGUUCAGAAGUGGUACAUGCAGAGUUUUGUGGAGUUGCUGGAUUAUGAGAAUCGAAAAGCGGAGGACCCUCACGCUCUGAACGACUUCCUGGAGCUCUUGAUCGAGAUCCGCAACCGCCACAACGACGUGGUUCCCACCAUGGCGCAGGGAGUCAUCGAGUACAAGGAGAAGUUUGGCUUUGACCCCUUCAUCAGCAGCAACAUCCAGUAUUUCCUCGACCGCUUUUACACCAACCGCAUAUCGUUCCGCAUGCUCAUCAACCAGCACACUCUGCUGUUUGGUAAUGACACCAACCCUGCUCAUCCAAAACACAUCGGCAGUAUCGACCCAAACUGCAGCGUAGCUGAGGUCGUCAGUGAUGCCUAUGACACAGCCAAAAUGCUGUGUGAGAAGUACUACCUGGCUGCUCCUGAGCUCAAGAUCGAAGAGUUCAACAUGAAGGCCCCUGUAAAGCCCAUCCAGGCCGUGUACGUUCCCUCUCAUCUGUUCCACAUGCUGUUCGAGCUCUUCAAGAAUUCGAUGAGGGCCACCGUGGAGCUCCAUGAGAACAGCAAAGAUGGAUUACCACCCGUAAAGGCAAAAGUCACUCUGGGUAAAGAGGAUUUAUCCAUAAAGAUCAGUGACAGCGGGGGAGGAGUUCCUCUCAGGAAGAUAGACCGUCUGUUUAACUACAUGUACUCCACCGCCCCGACGCCCAGCCUGGAGCCAGGAGCUGUCCCCCUGGCUGGCUUUGGCUACGGUCUACCAAUUUCGAGGCUCUAUGCCCGAUAUUUCCAGGGGGAUCUGAAGCUGUACUCAAUGGAGGGCGUUGGCACGGAUGCUGUCAUCUAUCUGAAGGCCCUGUCCAGUGAGUCCUUCGAGCGACUGCCCGUCUUCAACAAGUCAGCGUGGCGGCACUACAAGACCAGCCCCGAGGCCGACGACUGGAGUAACCCCAGCAAAGAGCCCCGCGAUGCCAUCGACUUUGCUGAGCAGGCCGCUGCUUGGCGUGGCUGAAUGGGCCGUGCACUGCUGAUCGAGUGUCUUUCUCAGCGUCAGCGAAGGCUUUUCUGCGUCUCCCACUCAAGAAGUGGAGUCAGGGGGUUCGAGGUUCAGUGCACACAGGAAAAGGAGGAAGGUUUAAUUAUACUUUUGACUCCAUGCACACACAGGCCACUGUGUCAUUUGCGUAGUCUCGUUUUGGUUGCACUCUAUUUAAUUUAAAUUUAGGAAGCAUUGCAACAGGAGUACACCUUAUUUUUAAAAAUCUGCAAGUCAGGGUUUUAUUUUAUGUGACUGAGAGAAAGCCUUUCUUCUAGAUACAUACAAUAUAUAUGAUUUUUUAAAGAGAAUAAUAGGAGUGAUGGUAUUUUUUAUCUGGUUUUACUCGACUCCCAGAUGUUAUUCAACCACCCACCAAUUGUGUUAAUCUGCAGUACUGACCCUGCUUGCACUCGAGCGAGCUGCACCUUGAUUUAACAACUGCUAACGAUGAACGGCACAUCCGCGGGAUGUUCAUGAAACGCCGUCAUGUAGCUUCAGACACACCAGCAUGAUGAAUUGUAUGAAUCCUCACAGAAGAGAGGACUGGACCUGAUGCAUCUCAUGAGGAAGAUACACUUGGGUUAAUGUCAUUACAUUACAUCCUCCCUGCAUUUCCUCCUGCAAACAUUCCAGACCUGGAUACAGAACCUCAGCUCGAACUUAACAAACGCUUCUUGCAGUCUGCCUUGUGAUUCACAUGUAGUGUUACUAAUCCCAAUCGUUUCAAUGAAUGAGUUUGAACAAAGCUUUUUUUGAAAAUUUAUUUUUGUUUUGUUUUAUGAUCACGACUGAAAAUGAUUUCAAGGAUUCCGCUAAAAAGCAGAGGAAAUUCAUCG